UAACGGCUCCUUCAGCUCCUUCCCCUGCCCAGACUAGCCGCUAACCCACGUUUCUUGUGCGGUCCCGACGCAACCAUGCGGCACGUAACCACCAGAUCGCUCGCGACCGAUGCCUUUCGUGCCACUGUAUGGUCCGAGUCAAAUUCCCACCAUGCCCCGGAUUCUCCGCCCUUGGAAUAUCGGGCUUGGGAAGUCUAGAGGAGGUUAUAUCGAUCGGCCAUCAUGGCUUUAAACGUCUUCUACGAUUCCCAGGAGGCCGCUGGCUGGAUUCUAAGCGUCAUUCUCGCUCCCAUAUGUAUCAUCGCGACGGGCCUUCGGUUUCUGGCGACUAAGCGUGGUGGUCGCAAGCUUGGCUGGGAGGAUUGGUAUGCUUUGGCGGCGCUGGUGUUCUUUUUGCCUUAUGUUGGGUAUUUGAUAUGGAUCCUCACACUCGCCAACGGUCGUCCCUUGACGAUUUUCAUCAAAGAGAACCCCGCGCAAUGGACUGAAGCCGCGAAGGUCGGUCUUAACAUGAAUGGUCUCUAUGGAAUUCAGCAGAGUUUCGCCAAAUUCAGCCUUCUGGCUCUCUAUUAUCGGUUGUUCUGGGUUGAGCGCAGUUUCGCGAUCAUCGUCUGGGCUGUGGCAGCCAUACAGGGAGCGUGGGGCAUAGUUGUUUUGCUCGUGCACAUUUUUGCCUGCAUCCCAGUGGCUAAGAGCUGGCAGCCGGGAAUUCCGGGGUAUUGUGUUAAUAUCAAUACAUUCUUCAGCAUCUAUGAGCCCAUUAACGCGGCUAUCGACUUCGCUAUGGCAGGGAUGGCGAUUUGGAUGUUGCAUGCCUUGCAGAUGAAGAAAAAGACGCAGUGGUAUCUCAGUGGGCUGUUUAUAUUGGGCGGAUUUUCGGGGGUUGUCGGUAUAAUCAAAGUAGUCGAAGCCCAAAACAGCGCCCAACGGAACUUCCUCUCCGUAAUCUGGAACCUAAUCCAAAUGGCAACCAGCAUCAUCUGCUGCUGCGCACCAAUCUACAACUCGAUCCUGCCCAAAGCUGGGCUAUACACGGCCUUCCGAUCAUGGGCCUCGCAGACCUUCACGCGCCGCCCGUCGUCGUCGGAAGCGCUCAGCGAGCGCAAGGAAAGCGGCGCCGGGAUCUCGACGAAAGCGAGUAAAGCCUCAUCCGCGAAGUCGGGGAAGUCGUUUCAGAGCCAGCCGAAGAAUCUGGAUAGGCAUGCGCAUUGGGUGCAUCUGGAUGGGUCGAGAGAGCGGGGGUUGGCGUGGGCGGAGAUUGAAGCCGAGAGGGGGGGUGCGAAGGGUGGUGGUGCCGCGGAGGAUGCGGAUAUUGCGAUGGGGGCGAUUACGGUCAAGCGGUCUAUUGAUGUUGUUUGAUUGGUACCUAUCGAACUGUAAGGAGGUGUUAUACAUAUAUUGUUGGAUUGUCUUGACGUCGUUAUGAUGUGUAUGCAAAUUUCUUGGUGUGGUUUGGAUAUGGCCCUGGCUUCUGCGGAUUAUUU